AUGUCAUCUGCAAAAGGAGUUGCUAUUGGAAUUGAUCUGGGCACCACCUACUCCUGUGUGGGAGUGUUUCAGCAUGGAAAAGUGGAGAUCAUCGCCAAUGACCAGGGAAACAGAACAACACCUAGCUAUAUUGCCUUCACGGAUACAGAAAGGCUCAUUGGAGAUCCAGCUAAAAACCAGGUGGCCAUGAACCCUAACAACACCAUGUUCGAUGCGAAAAGGCUGAUCGGCAGGAAGUUUGAUGAUCCAAUAAUACAGUCUGACAUGAAGUACUGGCCUUUCCAAGUAAUCAGUGAUGGUGGAAAGCCCAAAGUCAAAGUUGAGUACAAAGGAGAGACCAAGUCAUUCUACCCUGAGGAAAUCUCCUCCAUGGUCCUGGUGAAGAUGAAGGACAUUGCAGAAGCUUACCUGGGCCAGAAGGUGACAAAUGCAGUUAUCACAGUUCCUGCAUAUUUCAAUGACUCCCAGAGGCAAGCCACUAAAGAUGCUGGUGUAAUCGCUGGACUGAAUGUCCUCAGAAUAAUCAAUGAGCCCACAGCUGCAGCCAUUGCCUAUGGGCUUGAUAAAGGGAAAGCUUCAGAGCGCAACGUCCUGAUCUUUGACCUGGGUGGAGGCACCUUUGAUGUGUCCAUCCUGUCCAUUGAAGAUGGCAUCUUUGAGGUGAAGGCCACAGCUGGAGACACUCACCUGGGCGGGGAGGACUUUGACAACCGCAUGGUGAAUCACUUUGUAGAAGAGUUCAAGAGGAAACACAAGAAAGACAUCAGUCAGAACAAGAGGGCACUGAGGAGGCUGUGUACAGCUUGUGAGAGAGCCAAGAGAACCCUCUCCUCCAGCUCUCAGGCCAGCAUUGAGACUGACUCCCUGUAUGAGGGUAUUGACUUCUACACAUCCAUCACCAGAGCGCGCUUUGAAGAAAUGUGCUCAGAUCUCUUUAGGGGAACAAUCGAGCCUGUGGAGAAAGCCUUGAGAGAUGCCAAAAUGGACAAAUCUCAGGUUCAUGACAUCGUUUUGGUUGGUGGUUCCACAAGAAUCCCUAAGAUCCAGAAACUUCUGCAGGAUUUCUUCAACGGCAGGGAACUGAACAAGAGCAUCAACCCAGAUGAGGCCGUGGCUUAUGGUGCUGCAGUGCAAGCUGCCAUCCUCAUGGGUGACACAUCUGGAAACGUCCAGGAUCUAUUGCUGCUGGAUGUGGCUCCACUAUCCCUGGGCAUCGAGACAGCUGGUGGAGUCAUGACUGUCCUCAUCAAACGCAACACCACCAUUCCCACCAAACAGACCCAGACAUUCACCACCUACUCAGACAACCAGCCCGGUGUCCUGAUUCAGGUGUAUGAGGGAGAGAGAGCCAUGACAAAAGACAACAACCUGUUGGGGAAGUUUGAGCUCUCUGGAAUCCCACCCGCACCUCGUGGAGUCCCCCAGAUUGAAGUGACCUUUGACAUUGAUGCCAAUGGAAUCCUGAAUGUGUCAGCGGUGGACAAAAGCACCGGCAAAGAGAACAAGAUCACCAUCACCAAUGACAAGGGCAGACUGAGCAAGGAGGAAAUUGAGAGGAUGGUCCAAGAAGCAGACAAGUACAAAGCAGAAGAUGAUCUCCAGAGAGAGAAGAUUGCUGCCAAGAACUCCCUGGAGUCUUACGCCUUCAACAUGAAAAACAGUGUGGAAGAUGAGAACCUGAAAGACAAAAUCAGCGAGGAUGACAAGAAGAAAGUCAUAGAGAAGUGCAACCAGGCCAUCACCUGGCUGGAGAACAACCAGCUGGCUGAGAAGGAAGAGUAUGAGCAUCAGCUGAAAGAGCUGGAAAAAGUAUGCAACUCAAUCAUUACUAAGCUGUACCAGGGAGGGAUGCCAGCUGGAAGCUGUGGUGCUCAGACACGUGCCAGCUCUGGAGCUGCAUCCCAGGGGCCAACUAUUGAGGAGGUGGAUUAA